GGACAGAGAGAAAAGGGAUCGUGGAGGACGUGUGGUUGCUAUAAAAUGUGUUCAGAAUUUUGCAAUCGGACUUAGCAGUUGCAGGGCGUGGGGGAAGGAAGGGGGAGGAGGCUAGGUAAUAGGAGGAGACGUCAGGAACCCACCCGGGAUUCAGAACACCCGCUGACCAAUUUAGCCUCUCGGGUUGGGCGCGGCCUAGUGUACGCCUCCAGGACAGUUUUACAUAUUUUAUGAACCAUAGAGAUGACUGGAUGACUGGGAGCCUAGAGAGGACGAAGACCGCGCUCGUAGCCGAUUUCCGUUUCCGUUGAAGCAUUGGCGGUUGGUGUGCAUCAUGGCAACCGUGGCGGCCACCACCAAAGUCCCUGAGAUCCGCGAUGUGACAAGAAUAGAGCGAAUUGGCGCUCACUCCCACAUCCGGGGUCUGGGACUGGAUGAUGCCCUGGAGCCAAGACAGGCUUCCCAGGGCAUGGUGGGGCAGCUAGCUGCCCGGCGCGCAGCAGGCGUGGUGCUGGAGAUGAUCAGAGAAGGGAAGAUUGCUGGGCGGGCUGUCCUCAUUGCUGGCCAGCCAGGAACUGGGAAGACAGCCAUUGCCAUGGGCAUGGCCCAGGCACUGGGACCGGACACACCAUUCACAGCCAUUGCAGGCAGUGAGAUUUUUUCUCUGGAGAUGAGCAAGACUGAGGCUCUAACGCAAGCCUUCCGCCGUUCCAUCGGUGUCCGUAUCAAGGAGGAGACAGAGAUCAUUGAAGGUGAGGUGGUGGAGAUCCAGAUUGACCGGCCAGCCACAGGCACGGGAUCCAAGGUGGGCAAACUGACUCUCAAGACCACGGAGAUGGAAACCAUCUACGAUCUGGGUACCAAGAUGAUUGAGUCUUUGACUAAGGACAAGGUCCAGGCCGGGGAUGUGAUCACCAUCGACAAGGCCACCGGCAAGAUUUCUAAGCUGGGCCGCUCUUUCACACGUGCCCGAGACUAUGACGCCAUGGGCUCCCAGACCAAGUUUGUGCAGUGCCCAGACGGAGAGCUGCAAAAACGCAAGGAGGUGGUCCACACUGUGUCUCUCCAUGAGAUUGAUGUCAUCAACUCCCGCACUCAGGGCUUCCUGGCCCUCUUCUCAGGAGACACGGGGGAGAUCAAGUCAGAAGUCCGAGAACAGAUCAAUGCCAAGGUGGCUGAGUGGAGGGAGGAGGGCAAAGCGGAGAUCAUCCCUGGGGUGCUGUUCAUUGACGAGGUCCACAUGCUGGACAUUGAGAGUUUCUCCUUCCUCAACCGAGCCCUGGAGAGUGACAUGGCACCUGUCCUCAUCAUGGCCACCAACCGAGGCAUCACCCGCAUCCGAGGCACCAGCUACCAGAGUCCCCACGGCAUCCCCAUUGACCUGCUGGACCGCUUGCUCAUUGUGUCAACAUCACCUUACACUGAGAAGGAUACCAAGCAGAUUCUGCGCAUCCGCUGUGAGGAGGAAGAUGUGGAGAUGAGCGAGGAUGCCUACACAGUGCUGACCCGCAUCGGGCUCGAGACCUCCCUGCGCUACGCCAUCCAGCUCAUCACAGCGGCCAGCCUGGUGUGCCGGAAGCGAAAGGGCACAGAGGUGCAGGUGGACGACAUUAAGCGAGUAUACUCCCUCUUCCUGGAUGAAUCCCGCUCCACACAGUACAUGAAGGAAUACCAGGAUGCCUUCCUCUUCAAUGAGCUCAAAGGCGAAACAAUGGACACCUCCUGAGCUGACUCUGCACCCCAGCCCCUCACCCCGUUUUCUACAAGUUCUCACACUGUGACUUUGUAUAAAAUUAUUGAAGACUGGA